AUGAGCAGACGCGCACCGCGCAGAGAACCGCCCGGGCGCCGCCACGCGCGCGCGGAACCCCAGAAGUCCAGGCGCAGCGAGCACAGCAGCCAGGCACCGAGCAGGCGCGCGCGACGCGGCGCCGCCCGGGCGGCGAGACCGGCCAGACCCGCCGCGCGCCGCGCGCGCGCCCGCGCAGACGCCGACGACCAGCGCCCCGCCGCCCGCGGGCCGCCGCACGGCACCGCGACCGCCUGCCCGCCAGAAGAUGCGCGCGCCCGCGACGCGCCGCGCAGCGCGCGCAGCGCGGCCCCAGGCGGCCACGCAAGCGCCUCACACGCGCGCGCGCGGCUGCCGUGGCCAUCCGACGCGCCGGCGACGGGCGGGGCGCGGGGGCCGGCCGCCCGAGCGGGGCAGGAAGGCAGUGCCGGCCGGGGCGGCCUGGGGGCGGCCGGGAGGCGGCACGCGCCGCGUGCGCGCGUGGCGUUGUGCGCGCGCGCCGCGCCGCGGCGGCCGGGCCGGCGGGGCGCGCGCGGGGCGCGGGGGCGGCACGUCCGCGCCGCGGGCCGCAGGGCGCCCGGCGCGGCGACGCCGGACCGCGGGGGGCGGCCGGGCGCGGGCGCGCGCGCGCGCCCCGCGCGCGGGGGCGCCAGCCGCGGGACCGCGCCCGGGCGUGGCCGGACGGCCCGCGCGGUGCGCCGCCGCGGGUGGGGGCGGGCGGCGGACGGGAGCGGGCCGGGAGGGGGGGGCCGAGGCGCGGGGCAACGCCGGCUCUCGUACACUGAAGUGUGUCAUACGAGGGCCGCUGCUUCCCAUCCUGCGUGCUUGGUCAGUUGCUGA